GCAUCUACUAAGUUCUCCCCUAAAUUUCUUCUUAUCUGGAGAAUUAACUGCCAGGGAACAUGUGAAAAACAGAAGUAAAAAGAGACAAAGAAAGAAAAGAAGAGAAGAAACCGAGGAUGAAAACAGCAGAAAUGAGAGCCUCUGCAAAUGCAAAGAAGGAGGGAGAACCUUGAAUCACCUAUAAUUACUCCUGCCUGCUCCCAAGAGUUGUGGUUUAAAGUCUCACCUGGUAAUAAGGCACCCUAGCAGCAAGCUUUCUGGGGAAAACAGAAGGACAGGAAGGUGCUUUCUGAAAGAAAGAAGACAAUGCGCUGAAUGCUACCUUGCAAAAAAUGGGAGUCAAGUUCUGAUGCUGUUCUAGAAACCAAACCAUUGCAGCAAAACUUCUGGCUGGCUUCUCUCCCAAGUGCAAAAGGCUUGAGCUUUCACAGUCACUGAGAUUUCCUAGGCGACAGGAGUGUAAACUUGAGAAAAGGCAGAACCAGAAUAGAGAUUGGCAGUGAGCCGAGCCAAUCAGACUCUGAGUCUGCAGCAGUGAUUCCAGGCCAUCCAAUUAAUACUAAGAGAGUGGACCACGACCUCUGAGGAAGACAGAUGGCAGGGACAGCACGCCAUGACCGAGAGAUGGCGAUCCAGGCCAAGAAAAAGCUCACCACAGCCACCGACCCCAUUGAAAGACUCCGACUGCAAUGCCUGGCCAGGGGCUCUGCAGGCAUCAAAGGACUUGGCAGAGUAUUUAGAAUUAUGGAUGACGAUAAUAAUCGAACCCUUGAUUUUAAAGAAUUUAUGAAAGGGUUAAAUGAUUAUGCUGUGGUCAUGGAAAAGGAAGAGGCAGAAGAGCUUUUCCGGAGGUUUGAUAAAGAUGGAAAUGGAACAAUAGACUUCAAUGAGUUUCUUCUCACAUUAAGACCUCCAAUGUCCAGAGCCAGAAAAGAGGUUAUAAUGCAAGCUUUCAGAAAGUUAGACAAGACUGGAGAUGGAGUUAUAACAAUUGAAGACCUUCGUGAAGUGUAUAAUGCAAAACACCACCCGAAGUACCAGAAUGGGGAAUGGAGUGAGGAACAAGUGUUUCGGAAAUUUCUGGAUAACUUUGAUUCACCCUAUGACAAAGAUGGAUUGGUGACCCCUGAGGAGUUCAUGAACUACUAUGCGGGCGUGAGCGCAUCCAUUGACACUGACGUGUACUUCAUUGUCAUGAUGAGAACCGCCUGGAAGCUUUAAGCAUGUGACCUGGGGCUGGGCCUUGGGAUAGCCAUGUGGCUCCAAAUGACUAAACCUCAGCUCAAAAACCAUUAUUGUGUUUGAUUUCACACUCAUUGUAAUGUUUUUUCUGUGUCAAAAUACUGCAUUUUCUGGGGCCAAGAAACAGGCAGAAAUAAAAGACACUGAGUAGCCAGUUGUGAGCUUGCCUUCCCUGAGACUGUUUCCUUUGCUCUAAAAUAGGACUUAAGUAAAAUCAGCUCUGUAAA